GCUGACGGAGCCUGGAGGCUGCGAGCGGAGGAGGCUCUCUGAGGCAGCGGCCCGGCGGAUCCCUGCUUUCCCCUAGGAGCUGCGCGGAGCCCACAUUCACUUCUUUCCUUUUCCUGAACUUGAACCAUCGCAUCCACCGUCUCGUAGUCCACACGUGAGGCCUGGGGCGAUGGACCCGUUUACCGAGAAACUGCUUGAACGAACCCGUGCCAGACGAGAGAAUCUUCAGAGAAAAAUGGCUGAGCGGCCCACAGCAGCAGUGAGGUCCGCACCACAUGCUAAGCGAACCAGAGAGCCACUUUCAGAAGCAAGUAAUCAGCAGCCACUUUCAAGUGGAGAAGAGAAAUCUUGCACAAAACCUUCACCAUCAAAAAAACGCUGUUCUGACAAAACUGCAGUAGAAGUUUCUGACUUGGAAAAUAAACAGCCAAAUGAGUCAGCUACUGCAAAAUCUUCUCCAAGACCUGUGUCUCCUCAGGUGCAGUCAUCAGCACCAACUACUGUCAGUGAUGCUGUGACUGCCCCAGCAUCAUUGCUCAGCCGGGGCAGAGGGCUGAACUCAAGGUUGGAAGCAACAGCCACUUCCUCAGUUAAAACACGUAUGCAGAAACUUGCAGAACAACGGCGCCACUGGGAUAACGAUGUAGCAGAUAAUGUAUCGGAAGACUCACCAUCACCAUCUGAGGAAAAGGCUGCCUCCUCUCCCAAGCCACUGCUUUCAAAUGCCUCAGCCACCCCAGUUGGGAGAAGGGGCCGUCUGGCUGACCUUGCUGCUACUAUUUGCUCCUGGGAAGAUGAUGUAAGUUACUCAUCUGCAAAGCAAAACAGUGUACAAGAACAGCCUGGUACCACUUGUUUAUCCAAAUUUUCCUCUGUAAGUGGAGCAUCUGCUAGGAUCAAUAGCAGCAGUGUUAAGCAGGAAGCUACAUGUUGUUCCCAAAGGGAUGGUGAUGCCACAUUGAAUAAAGCCCCAUCUUCAAGUGCUGCUGAUGCAUCGUUGGUUAAUGCCUCAGUGUCCAGCUCUGUGAAGUCUACUUCUUCCCCAGUGAAGUCUACUACAUUCAUCACCAAUACUAAAAAUUGUGAAGUACAAAAUCCUGAUCUACUUCAAAAAAGUAUUAGUCCGCUGAAAACAGAGUUAUUGAAACCAGUUGUGAAGUCAGCUUUAUCUCAGACAGUUCAUUCCAAAGAAGAAGCAAACAGAGAAAUUUGUCUGCAGUCCCAACCCAAAGACAAAUCUACAACACCAGGAUGUUUAUUGGUUAUGGAACGUGAAAAAGAACUAGCAUGUCUUCGUGGCCGAUUUGACAAGGGCAAUGUAUGGAGUGCAGAAAAAGACGAAAAGCCAAGAAGCAAGCAACUAGAAACGAAACAGGAAGUUCACUGUCAGAACACUCCCCUCAAGAAACAUCAAAUUGUUUCAAAUACCCAGUCAAUUUUGGCAACUGAGAAGGUGCCUGAGAAUCAGACAGCAGCAAAGACUUCCAGUUCAGAACCUACAGGUUUCACUGAAUCCAAAAUGACAAAGUCUAGCCCGUUGAAAAUAACAUUGUUUUUAGAAGAGGAAAAGUCCUUAAAAGUAACAUCAGACCCAAAGAUUGAGCAGCAGACCGAAGUGGUACGUGAAAUUGAGAUGAAUGUGGAUGAUGAUGAUGAUAUCAAUAGCUCUAAAGUCAUUAAUGACAUCUUCAGUGACGUCCUAGAGGAAGGUGAACUGGAUGUAGAAAAGAGCCAAGAAGGGAUGGCUCAAGUGGAAGGAGAAAACAAUGAAGAGCAGGAAGAUGCACUGAAUAUUUCUUCAAUGUCUUUACUUGCUCCAUUAGCUCAGACAGUUGGUGUGGUAAGUCCAGAGAGUGUACUUUCUUCACCUAAAAUGGAAUUCAGAGACACUAGCCUAAGUGCCGAAAGUCCCAAACCAGGAAAAUUCCAGAGAACCCGUGUCCCUCGAGCUGAAUCUGGUGACAGUAUUAGUUCCGAGGAUCGUGAUCUUCUCUAUAGCAUUGAUGCAUAUAGGUCUCAAAGAUUCAAAGAAACGGAACGACCUUCAGUAAAGCAAGUGAUUGUCCGGAAAGAAGAUGUUACUUCAAAAUUGGAUGAAAAGAAGAAUGCCUUUUCUUGUCAAGUUAAUAUCAAACAAAAAAUGCAGGAACUCAAUAAUGAAAUAAAUUUGCAACAGACAGUGAUCUAUCAAGCUAGCCAGGCUUUGAACUGCUGUGUUGAUGAAGAACAUGGGAAAGGGUCCCUAGAAGAAGCUGAAGCAGAAAGACUUCUUCUGAUCGCAACUGAAAAGAGAGCACUUUUGAUUGAUGAACUGAAUAAACUGAAGAAUGAAGGGCCUCAGAGGAAGAAUAAGGCUGAUGUCAUACCUCAGAAUGAAUUUGUCCCAUCCAAAGGAUCAGUUACUUUGUCAGAAAUCCGCUUGCCCCUAAAAGCGGAUUUCGUCUGCAGUACCGCUCAGAAACCAGGUAUGGUUCCAUACCAUGCCCUGUUGCUGCUCAGGCAAGGAGCAAAAAGUGUCCUUUAUGUCCCUCUGAACAAAUUAUUGUAGACCUCAAAUUCUUUGAGCCAUUUGGAAUUGACUUUUGUGACCGCUUUCAGCAUGAAUGAUGUAUCCAAUGACUUUGAAAUAAAUGUUGAAGUUUACAGCUUGGUACAAAAGAAAGAUUCCUCAGGCCCUGAUAAGAAGAAGAAAGCAUCCAAAUCCAAGACUAUUACUCCAAAGAGACUCCUCACAUCUAUGACUAUAAAGAGCAACCUUCAUUCUUCAGUUAUGGCUAGCCCAGGAGGAUUCCAUGCUGUGCGCACCAGCAACUUUGCACUUGUUGGAUCACACACACUGUCGUUAUCUUCAGUAGGAGACACAAAGUUUGCUCUGGACAAGGUACCUUUUUUAUCUCCUUUGGAAGGUCAUAUUUGUUUAAAAAUAAGCUGUCAAGUGAAUUCAGAUGUUGAGGAGAAAGGUUUUCUAACCAUAUUUGAAGAUGUUAGUGGUUUUGGUGCCUGGCAUCGAAGAUGGUGUGUUCUCUCUGGAAACUGUAUCUCUUAUUGGACUUACCCAGAUGAUGAGAGGCGAAAGAAUCCCAUAGGAAGGAUAAAUCUGGCCAACUGUACCAGUCGUCAGAUAGAACCAGCCAACAGAGAAUUUUGUGCAAGACGCAACACUCUUGAAUUAAUUACUGUCCGACCACAAAGAGAAGAUGACCGAGAGACUCUUGUCAGCCAAUGCAGGGAUACACUUUGUGUCACCAAGAACUGGCUCUCUGCAGACACUAAAGAAGAACGGGAUCUCUGGAUGCAAAAACUCAAUCAGGUUCUUGUUGAUAUUCGCCUCUGGCAGCCUGAUGCUUGCUACAAGCCUAUUGGAAAGCCUUAAACUGUGGGAAGUUUCCAGACCAUGGAGAGAACAUUUUUUUUGCGUUCUGUCAAAAAAUGACUCAAGAAAUCAUAGUUAAGAGCAUCAGAUUUGCUGAUUGCAUUUUAUGCUUUAAAUAUAAAAGGGUUUGUGCAAAUACUACGUUUUAUGCAAUAUUUAUAUCUUUUAUAUGUAAAAUUUCACCCAGUUUCUCUUCUUUCAUUUAUAAAUUAUUAGAAGGCAAUUCAUGAUAGUUGGUUUUGCAAAAUUUAAAUUUAGGCAUCUCAUUUUCCUAGAAACUUAAUUAGCAAGUUGUUCAUGACAUAAAAUUUUUUUAGGUAAGUUCUGUGUUGCCUUCUUGGAGCAGUGGGCCUUGAGGUAGCAAGGUCUCUAGGGGGUCACAGAUAGAAACCUCAAGUUUGGUGAUUCCCUAGUCUCAGUGGAAUUUUUUUUAAGGUUGUGAUCAUAUAGCUCAUGGUAUGACUUGUUGCUAGAGCAUUGCAAACAGUUUCUAAAGAACUUUACAGAAACGUUUUAGUAAUGGAGAGGAGAACUUUUUCAAACAACAAAAGCAGCUUAGUUUAAAGCUUAAGGCUGCCUUCUAAAAAGAUACAUAGUGGACAUUGUGUGAAAUUUGGGGUUAAAUAUUUUAUAUGGAAGAGUUAGGAAUCACAUGGUUUACAUUUACUAUAUAUGCAGUUACGAUAUAUGCAGUGUGGUGCACAUUUUCAUACUUUUCAGGCCUUAUUGAAAUAGUUAUUUUUGCAUUAUAGCUUAUAGAUUGCUCAUAUAUUAGCGUAUUGUUCCUUUUGUGCCUAUCAUAAGAACAAAUGUAAAUUGAAGAACCUUUAUAUAAAAGGAUUUAAGGCUGGGUGUUGUGGUGCGUCUCAGCACUCGGGAGGCAAAGCCAAGGGGAUCUCUGAGAUAGAGGCCAGCUGGAGCUAUAGGAAGACCCUGUC